UCCUGCCUCCCCAUGGGUUAAAGCAAUUUUAUUCAAGAAUGAUCCUCCCCCCUUCCUCAAAAAUGAGCCAUUCCAAGCAAACACAGACCACCUAGAGGAAAAAACACUGCUGAACGCCAGCCACGUUCACGUCCAGGGUUACUCAACUGAACAUCGAGUGUGCGUAGUAGCCAGCUUCAUAUCUUUCUUCAAACUUGCAAAAUCCGAAACACCAGCCUGUGCAGAUAAGGAAGUUGAUGUUUUUCUCAUCUCUCUAAUGUCUCUGAACAGAUGGUAUCUCCACUUCGCCAGUGGUGAGACCUAAGCUAUCACUGGAAGCAUAAAGGACUUUACUAAAUUACCAGGAACAAGAAAAAUGACAACCCCCGCAGCCGAGCCCAUGACUGAGCUACAGGCCUACGGGACCUCUGGUUAUGAUUAUAUAUUUACAGAGCCGUGUGAGAAAUACAAUGUCCAGCAGCUGAUGGCCCAGCUGCUGCCCCCGCUGUACGGCCUGGUGUUUGGGGUCGGGCUGCUGGGCAACAUGAUGGUGGUGGUGAUCCUCAUAAAGUACCGGCGCCUCUCCAUUCUGACCAACAUCUACCUGCUGAAUCUGGCGAUUUCUGACUUGCUCUUUCUAAUCACUCUGCCAUUCUGGAUUCACUAUGCACAGCAGGGUCAGUGGGUUUUUGGCUAUGACAUGUGCAAGCUGCUCUCAGGGUUUUGUAGCAUGGGCUUGUACGGGGAGACCUUCUUCAUCAUCCUGCUGACCAUAGACCGGUACCUGGCCAUCGUCCACGCCACGUUUGCCAUCCGAGCCCGGACCGUGUUUUUCGGUAUCGUAAGCAGUUCCGUCACAUGGGUCCUGAUAGUGCUGAUAGCCCUCCCUGAAAUUGUCUUCUCUAGGGCCCAAGAGGAGCAGGGAUAUUUCUCCUGUGUUUCCCUUUACCCAGAGGGAGACGUUUACACCUGGAAGCGCCUUUACAUUGUGAGAAUCAACACCCUGAGUCUGGUCCUGCCUCUGCUCGUUAUGGUAGUCUGCUACUCGGGCAUCAUUAAAACCCUGGUGAGAUGCCCCAACAGGAAGAAGUACAAGGCCAUCCGGCUCAUUUUUGUCAUCAUGGUGGUCUUUUUCAUUUUCUGGACACCCUACAACCUGGCUCUCUUCCUCCAUGCUUUCCAAAUGACUCUCUUUGAGAGCAGCUGUGAGCGGAGCAAUCAGCUGGACGUGGCCAUCAUGGUGACAGAGGUGAUCGCCUACACGCACAGCUGCAUCAACCCCGUGAUCUACGCCUUCGUCGGCGAGAGGUUCCGGGAGCACCUCCGCCACUUCUUCCGCCGGCACGUGGCUGUGUGCCCGGGCACAUGCAUCCGACUUUGCCCUAGUGAGAUGCCAGAAAGAGCCAGCUCUGCAUCUCCAUCAACCAUGGAGCAGGAACUCAUUGGCGUAUUUUAGGUUGGAUGCUAAAAGUUGCCUUAAGAAAAUGCUCUGGGCACAUGAAGUCAAUACACGGAGCCAAUGACAUUGACCCCUAUACCAGACCUUCGAACUUCCGGUGCAACCCUGGAGAAGCUCUUGAAGACAUUGAAAUAUAUUCACAGUGGUCGUGGUAUAUCUAUGCACCCCAAACUCAUUACCAUAGAUCAGUGGCUGGGCAGCAUACUUAUUGCCAACCCCGAAAAGCAGAGCUUUGCUUGAGUCUCUGAAAAGUUCAGUGCAUUUCAAUGCAGCUGAAUGUUCAAUAGUUAGUAUAUGCAGCUACAGACAGGUAAAACUUUGUACAUUUGAAAUCUUAACUUCGGCCAGCUAUUGACUGCAUGAAACAUAUUUCACAAAAUACAAU